AUGGCCACCCUCCUCCGCAGCAAGCUGUCCAACGUGGCCACCACGGUGUCGCACAAAUCCCAGGCGAAGAUGAGCGGCAUGUUCGCCAGGAUGGGCUUCCAGGCGGCCACCGACGAGGAGGCGGUGGGUUUCGCCCACUGCGACGACCUGGACAUGGAGCAUCGGCAAGGGCUGCAGAUGGACAUCCUCAAGUCCGAGGGCAGCGAGGAGGGCGGCGAGCCGCCCCUGGAGGGGGACAUCCACUAUCAGCGGGACGGCACAGGGCCCCUGCCGCCCUCCGCCUCCAAGGAGGCCUGCUCCGAGCUCUCCGGGCAGGGCAAGCCCAAGAUCACGGCAUGGGAGGCGGGAUGGAACGUCACCAACGCCAUCCAGGGAAUGUUUGUUCUGGGCCUGCCCUAUGCCAUCCUUCAUGGUGGAUACCUAGGACUCUUUUUAAUAAUUUUCGCUGCAGUGGUUUGCUGCUACACUGGGAAAAUCCUUAUUGCCUGUCUUUACGAAGAGAAUGAGGAUGGGGAGAUAGUCAGGGUGAGAGACUCCUACGUGGACAUCGCGAACGCGUGCUGCGCGCCCCGCUUCCCCACCCUCGGGGGCAGAAUUGUGAACGUGGCUCAGAUCAUUGAACUGGUCAUGACCUGCAUCCUCUAUGUGGUGGUCAGUGGGAACCUGAUGUACAACAGCUUCCCCAACCUGCCCGUCUCCCAGAAGUCGUGGUCCAUCAUUGCCACGGCAGUGCUCCUGCCUUGUGCGUUCUUGAAGAACCUCAAGGCAGUCUCCAAGUUCAGCUUGCUCUGCACAUUAGCCCACUUUGUCAUCAACAUCCUGGUGAUCGCCUACUGCCUCUCCAGGGCGCGCGACUGGGCCUGGGACAAAGUCAAGUUUUACAUUGAUGUCAAGAAGUUUCCCAUCUCCAUUGGCAUCAUUGUCUUCAGCUACACCUCCCAGAUCUUUCUGCCUUCCUUGGAGGGGAACAUGCAGAACCCCAAGGAGUUUCAUUGCAUGAUGAACUGGACUCACAUAGCAGCUUGCAUCCUUAAGGGACUCUUUGCCUUGGUCGCCUACCUGACCUGGGCUGAUGAGACCAAGGAGGUCAUUACAGACAACUUGCCAUCCACCAUUAGGGCAGUAGUCAACAUUUUCUUGGUGGCCAAAGCCUUGCUCUCAUACCCCUUGCCGUUCUUUGCAGCUGUAGAAGUCCUGGAGAGGUCCCUUUUCCAAGAUGGAAACAGGGCUUUCUUCCCCAACUGCUAUGGGGGUGAUGGGCGGCUCAAAUCCUGGGGACUCACCCUCAGAUGUGCCCUGGUAGUUUUCACCCUGCUCAUGGCUAUUUAUGUCCCCCAUUUUGCCCUCUUGAUGGGUCUUACUGGGAGCCUCACAGGCGCAGGGCUCUGUUUCCUGCUCCCCAGUCUCUUCCACCUCAAACUCUUGUGGAGGAAGCUCUUGUGGCAUCAUGUCUUCUUUGAUGUUGCCAUUUUCGUUAUAGGUGGUAUCUGCAGCGUCUCUGGGUUCAUCCACUCUUUAGAAGGCCUCAUAGAGGCUUUCAGAACCAAUGCUGAAGACUAA